AUGCCCACAGCAGCAGAUUUAGGAAUAAGUGAAAAAGAGUAUCAGGAUGCAAUCAAUCUUGAAAAAAUUUAUGACUUGAUUCAAAAUAAUGAUAUAACGUGUUCAAAAUGCAGACUUGUAAGUGAAAAUGCAUUUAAACAAGGUUUUAAUAAAUCAUUUGAUCAGCAAGAUCAAAUAAAUACUAACUCAUUUGAGAACGCUGGAUUUGCACAGCAGGAACAUCCAAAUUUUGGCCAUAUACCCAAGGCGCCUAAAUAUUCUCCACCAGGCUAUGGAAAAAAUUUUCCGUCUUCUUAUUCGCAGCCCAGUCCGUUAUAUAACAGCCUUAACACACCCAAAUAUCCUCCUCAGACUGCUAAAUGCAUGCCUUAUUCUCAGCCUGUAAAUUAUCCUCAAACAGACUAUUAUUCUCAAUUUGAAAACCCGUCAUAUAUAAAUAAUUCUUCAUAUUAUAAAAACCCUCCAUAUGCUGAAAAUAAUUUAAACGCUGAUAACUCUUUAUAUCCAGAUAACCCUUCAUAUCCUUAUAAUCCUACAUAUUUAGAAAAUUCUUCAUAUCCAGAAGAUCGUUAUUCCAAAUCCAUGUAUGAUAAUUCUUCAUUUGGUAGAUCAUACCGACCUCAAGCUAAAUAUGAACAACCUAAUGGAAAUAAUUUAAAUAAUAUGAGUUCAGCAUAUGCUCAAUAUACCAAAGUGCCACAAUAUAUGGAACCCUACAAUAAAUCAUAUCCUAAUUCUAAAUCAUUUAUGUUUGAACAAGCUCCUCAUCCUAUGUACGCUUCAAGUAAUAAGAACAUGUAUAAUAAUCCACCAUUUUUUAAUUAUCCUAAUACAAACAAUAUAUACAAUGCUCCUAAAAACCCCGGACAUUCAACAGUAAGAGAACCCCAACCUUUCGACCAACAUCGGCGCUCUAGGUCUCUUACGCCGGGUCGAUCUCCAGAACUUCAGCAAAGAUAUUUGUCUGAUAGACUUCAAGAUCGAUUUUAUUCCACAAGUGAUAUUAGAAUGAAAUAUCCCAGUAGUGUUCCUAACAUUUACCUUACAAAUAAUCAUCAAGACAAUUCUUAUCGUUAUAUGUCUAAAAAUCCUUUUUUAAACGCUAAAAACAUGAUUUAUAGCGACCCACAAUCUCUUCCAACCACGCGUGGUCAACAACCCUUCGUGCAAACGUAUGUAUUAAAUCAAAAUUAG